AUGAGUACUAAAACUGAUGAUCAAAAUAAACCGCAUAAUUUUGCCCCUUCACCAGAUUUUAAAUGGUUAUGUGAUGAGCUCUUUGUCAAAAUAGAUAAUGUUCAGAAGCAGACUAGGGACCAUGGCGCUUUUAAAUCUCUAACGGUGAAAUAUUUUGAGAUAAUUUCAUUUUUUGUCAAGUUAUGGAGAAAGACUGUUGGUGAUAACAUUUAUCCAGCACUAAUCCUGAUUUUACCUUAUAGAGAUCGCAGAAUAUUCAAUAUUAAGGAUUACACGUUAAUUAAGGCUAUUUGCUCUUUUCUAAGAUUACCCGCUAAUUCCGUUACGGAAAAGAGACUUUUAAGAUGGAAGAGAAGGGCUGGAAGAGGUAUUAAAUUAUCUGACUUUUGCGUGGAAGAAAUUAGGAGACGUAGAAGUGAACCAUUGAAUGGAGAGAGGAUUACUAUUGAUAAAUUGAAUGAAUGUUUGGAUCAAUUGGCAGAGGAAAGAAACACUAAAGGUAGAGGGUUUAAAAGUUUAGCAGAUUCAUCGGUUUUCAAAUACUGUCUGGAAAAUAUGUCAUUUACCGAGAUGAAAUAUUAUUUUGACAUUAUACUUAAAAGUAGAGUAAUUGGUGGUCAAGAGCAUAAAUUUUUAAAUUGUUGGCAUCCAGAUGCUAGAGACUAUCUAAGUGUUGUAUCUGACUUGAAAACGGUCGCUGAUAAGCUUUGGGAUCCAUCUCACCGACUGAAAAAUGAUGAUUUAGGCGUUAAUCUUGGGUUACCUUUUGCACCAUUUUUAGCCAAAAGGCUCUACAUAUCUUAUGAUAAAGUUGCCCUUAGAUUGAAAAGCGAUUUUUAUAUCGAGGAGAAGAUGGAUGGUGAGAGGAUUCAAUUACAUUACAUGGACUAUGGUCGAAAACUGAAAUGGUUCAGCAGACGUGGCAAUGAUUAUACUUAUCUCUAUGGUGAGGACAUUGGAACCGGGACGGUCGCUAAAUACCUUCAGUUGGAUCCAAAAGUUAGAGAGUGCGUGUUAGAUGGAGAAAUGAUCUCAUUUGAUACUGAAGAAAAUUCAGUCCUACCAUUUGGGCUUGUCAAAAGCAGUGCUCGUGAUUCUUUAACCGCUGAAGGUAUACUUACUCAAGGUUACCGUCCAUUGUAUAUGGUCAUUGAUUUUCUUUACUUGAACGGUGUUUCUUUGAUUAAUGUGCCUUUGAAUACUAGAAAACAGUAUCUAUCUGCCAUUUUAAAUCCGUGUCCUCACGCUGUGGAGAUAAUCCAAUCGAUGCAUUGUUACGACGAUACUUCUAUAAAGAGCUCUCUUGAGAAAGCCAUAAUGAUGGGAUCAGAGGGAAUUAUCUUAAAACAUUUUAAAUCUAAGUAUGAAAUCGGAGCAAGAACAGAUAACUGGAUUAAAAUUAAGCCGGAAUAUUUGGAGCAAUUUGGUGAGAAUCUCGACUUGCUAGUCAUUGGAAGAGACCCUGGUAAGAAGGAUUCACUUAUGUGCGGCCUGGCAGUCCUAGAGGGGGAUGAAGAACCAGGUGCUCAAUCUGAUAAGCAAGUUGUUAAUUUGGAUUCUGAGGAAGAAGAGGAACCUCGAAAGGCCGUAAAGAAAUUUAUAUCUUUUUGCACAAUAGCUAAUGGUAUUUCUCAAGAAGAAUUUAAGCAGAUCGAAAGAAAAACAGCCGGUAAAUGGAAAAACACAGAAGACCACAAACCACCAAAAAUCUUAGAGUUCGGUUCAAAAUUGCCAGAAGAGUGGAUCUAUCCUGAAGAUUCUGUUGUCCUCGAAGUGAAAGCCAGGUCUCUGGACAAUACUGAAUCUAGCGGCAGGAAAUUUAAAGUGGGUUGUACUUUACAUGGUGGAUAUUGUAGGAGAAUAAGAGAGGAUAAGAAUUGGACAGAAUGCUACACGUUAUAUGAAUUGUGGCAGGAAAGGAGGAAAAAAGUCCCCCUUUCUGAGGAUUCAAACAACCAAAAGCCUAUGAAGUCUAAGAAGAUUCGUAGGCCUCGAAUUGUAUCUCGAUUGAACCAGACAUUAUCUUGUGAUGAUGAAGCAAAAACUUCGAGUAUAUUCGAUGGUCUAAUCUUUUACGUGAUCUCUGACUACAUGGCAUCUCAAGAUUCGGAGAGAAUAAGCAAGGAACAACUUUGUGAUUUAAUUUCAGGGAAUGGUGGUAAACUAACUUUCAAUGUCAUUUCUGAUCAUCGCGUCAAAGGUGGCCUCCGAAUUAUCAGCGGGAAAUAUACUUUGGAAUGCAAGGCACUCAUCGAACGAGGGUACGAUAUUCUUAGUCCCCAAUGGCUUAUGGACUGCGUCAAUACUGGCUUUCUUGUCACGAUAGAACCUCGCCAUUGCUUCAGCGUCUCAGAGGAUAUGGAGAAGAUAGCGAGGACGAGAGUAGAUCAUUUCGGUGACAGUUACGAUGUUGAAAUUACUGAGGAUCGUCUUAGAGAUAUUCUCACGUCGAAAGAAUUCGACUCAGAUUUUUCCACUGGAUCUUUAGACGUGAUUUCCGAUGUGGAGGAUAUCCCACUAUUUUUAUUUUCAAGAAGAAUAGUGUUUAUUCCAGAAGGCUUCUCCUACCUGGAUACCCAGUUAUUGAAACACAAAGUAAGACUGUAUGGUGGGCAGUUGACUGACAAUGUCAAUCAAUGUAAUUUGAUCAUAGUGCCAGAUGGUAAGAUCAAUCUGAGAGGUCGUAUCAUAAGUGAUUUACGAAGGCUUCUCUCGACAUUUGCCGCCAUGACUGAAUUACCGCCCGCAAUACCCUGGAUUGUCAUCCCAGCAUGGAUCGAUAGAUCCAUUGAAGAAAACAUCCAAGUACCAGAGGAGGACUUCCUAGCUGUAUAG